AUGGAUACAGAUACACAAACUGACGCGUCUUAUGAUUCUGCGGGUCAGCGAAUCUGCGAUCUGUGUGAUUGCAUCCGCGAGUUAUCUAAUAAUGUGCCGCACGAGAAUGACCUGUACCUGACGACACAGGCUAUUAACUGCCUCUGCAAUUCUGUCGACCAGUUGACUGUCGUUCUUCGCCGUGAGCUGGAACAGACUACUGAGAACUCGAAGUCUCUUCAACUGAAAGUGGCUGAAAUGGAGAGAGAACAAAGCAUCCUUCUCAAGAAGUUACACUCGACCGAGAGAGCCUACGAGGCCAAAGAGUUUCGCGUCCCGUACCCCGAGACAACGUAUAAAGUUAUCAUGGCAGAACUUGACUGGCUGAGGCCGGUCAGUAAUUCAGCGGGCACCUUUGUGCACCAUGGCAGAUGUCUAAGUCAUAUCAAGGAGCAACUUUCCUCACCACAGACACAAUUCCCCGGGCUUACCCUCUUUCUAGGCCAGAGACGGAGGGAUAUUUUCCUUCGAUACAUGUUUCCAGAGAACAAGAUCUCUAAGGGAAAUUCCUACCUGCGGCUUCAAAUAGAUAAUCAAAGAAUCUUUACAGAACAGCCGAUUCUCUUUGCGAGCUGCAAUCCGCAUCUCUCUUGUCAGGACGCGGAUCCAGGUAUCAACGGACAGGAAGAGAUACCGAUCCGAUGUACAUUAUAUAAUGAUCGUCGUCUCUUAGACCUUCUUUUGGCUCGAUUGGUCUUCAUGUUCGUUGACGUUAUCUGUAUAUUUGCAGAUGAUGUUGGUGGUCUGGAUGCGGUCCGCACAGCGCUCGCGACAUGGGCAACACUAGGCUGCCAGGCAUCUAGCCUUGAACAUCGACCACGCCUGGUUGUCGUUUCAGAAAGUAGUGGGAGCGUUACACAAGACCUCCUGGACCAAAAGGAUUUUCAUUCCCUUCUUGAACAGAGUGCUGAGGUAUCAAAUGCCUUCGGUACACCUAGUAUGCUGUUCUUGCGGCAGGGUGGAUCGGAUAUUGGCCGGUAUCGGCCUGUCAAGGACGAGAUAAUGAUAGCGCUUGACCUGAGCCGCCGACACCGCAAAGAAGAGGGGUAUCUGUUUUCAGGAAUUCAUCUUGAGCGGUUCUUCUAUCGCGCACUAUUACAUAUCUGCCGGACGACAGAGGAAUCUUUUGAUUUUGUUCGAAGCGCCCGCGAUACUUUUCAGACGCGUUCUCACAGUCUCCAUCUACAGACCUUUCUGGAGCUAACAGAGCGGCGCCCAUGGAAUGACCGUGCCAGAUUUGUCGCAUCCACGAUCCUGGUCGAUGCCUACCUUCCGGGCGAGCAUUGGCGGCCGUCCGCAGACUACCAGCGGAUUGUGUAUCAUUUUGCACAGCUUUAUCAUCGGAUCCUGUUUGGACAAGGGCCAUCACGACGCAUUCAUCAAUCAACACUUGACCGAUGGAAGGGUUUCCUGAGUCACAUGUUCACUAAUCAGACGUGUCUAAUCUGUCUAACAAGGCCACCGCAGCACACCUUGAACUGCGGUCAUGCAUACUGUGAUAUAUGCGUGGUUGCAUAUAGUAAACCGCUUGAGGGUACGGAAUACAAGUAUCUGCUUAGUCACUGCGUACUUUGUAGAAGCGACUGCAAUAACCUUGUUCGGAUCCUGCCCCCAACCGCAUGCGUGCGUGCUGUUACUGUGGAUGGUGGAGGUGUCCGCGGGUUUAUUCCGCUUCAGUUCCUGAAGUACAUGCAGUACCAGCUUGGGCAGGAAUGCCCAAUACAAGAGUUAUUUGAUAUUGCCUUUGGCACCAGUUCCGGCGGCUUCGCUGUUUUAAAGCUCUUCCACCAACGCCAAUCUGUGAAUGAAUGUGUGAAAGCACUCUCGGAUCUAAUGUGGCAGUUUCUUCACCAGAAUCCGGCCCCCAGAUCUAUUUGGGCAAAGGUCGGCCGGGCCAUCCGCUGCUGGUGGACCGACGGUUGGUACAGCGCAAAUGCAUGGGAUGAGCUGCUUCAGCAGCAAUUUGGCCCUUCUCAGGAGAUGUUCGGUACCCAGCCAAUUUCUGGGACUAAGGUUGCUGUUACCGCUUCAGCCGAGCACCCAGUGCUUCUUCCCAAUUACCGGCGGGAUGCCGAUGCGCCUGAAAGUUCCGACCGAGCAUAUUACCAUGUCCAUCAAGCGGUAAACAAGACUGAUGAACCCAAAGUGUGGCAAUGUGCUCGUGCAACUACAGCAGCCCCGAUGUUCGUUAUUUGCCUUCUCCCCCUUUAUAGAGGCAAGCUAAUGGCGAGUAGUUUCUUCCCCCCGAUCGAGAUACGAGGCAUCGGUAGAUGUGAAGAUGGCGGCUUGAAAUGUAAUAACCCAGCCCUAAUCUGUCGAUCAGAGAUACAGUCUCUAUGGCCUUCCAGACCCGAGCCUGGUGCACUGAUAUCACUUGGUACGGGAUCAGCCGCCCUUGAUCGACGCCCUUCCACGACCCGCCGCCGCGAUCGCCGUCAACGGUGGGCAAGUGGAUUUGCUUUCCGCCUUUACGACUCAUUCAUGGCAUCUAUGGAUGCUGAGCAGGCAUGGCGAGGGCUACUUGGACAGGUCGACGAGGCAUCAAGGCAGAAGUACCAUCGUCUAAAUGUGGAGUUUCCAGAUAAAGAACCCUUGUUGAAUGCUGCCGAGAAGGUGCAGUGGAUGGUUACUCUGGCGGAUCAGGAAGCUAGGGUGAAAACACCUUCGGCCUUAACAUCACUCCUUCUCGCUAGUCUAUUCCUGGAACUGUCCCUGGCACCCCGCUGGGAGGAUGGGCACUACCACUGCAAUGGGGCCAUACGGUGCCGUCUACCCGGUGAAAUAUUGGUCAAAACCCUCCGAAAACUCCAUCCAGAUGCCUCUACAUAUAUCAUGGGUGGGGAUCAACUGAGUAUCUCGCCCUAUGAAGAUGCUAUUUGCCAGAGCUGUGAAAGGUACUGUGUUCCUAUUCGCUUCACUGUUAAGGAGCUAGAUAGCCCAAUCUCACUAUCGCUGCAACUUACCCGUUUCCACACACAAAGGCUAGGGGGCUUCCCGUCUACCCUUCGUUGGUUUCUGGAUCGGCAGGGAUUAGACACGGUCGGUCACACCGCUAAUUUGCGAAAUCUGCCUACCCGCGCACCAUGCAAGUCGUGUGAUGUGCGGGUCAAUCGCAAGAGCGCAUUAAUACAGUUACACCGUCAGCACAAGAAGAGAGUCAGAUUUAUUUAG